CAUUACCAUUUCACCCCGUCCCCUCCCCUAAAAGUCAUAAACCCUCCCAAAACCUAUUCAACUCGACUCUGCUGCUCUGCACUCUCCCCAAAUUCCUCUUUGCUUAUGUGAACGAGCAAGGUUCAGCUCCGGUUCCAAUCUGAAAUGCGAUCCACUCAGCACGCAUUCAAAGCCCUAAUUCGAAAUUACAUAAUCAGCAGCCGAUGGUACUGCACGAAUGGCACGCAAAAGAAGAAGGCGUCACUGUACGACAAAAUCAGCCCCUUGGGAAAUCCUAAAAUCGACGUGACUCCGGAGCUCCAAAAAUGGGUUGACACGGGCUAUAAAGUUCGAUUCGCGGAGCUCCAGCGCAUUAUUGUUGAUCUCCGAAAGCGUAAACGUUUCUCUCAAGCCCUGCAGGUUUCUGAGUGGAUGGGAACUACAGGUACCUACAUAUUCACCCCAGUUCAGCAUGCUGUGCAGUUGGAUUUGAUUGGCAAGGUUCAUGGAUAUUUGCAAGCAGAAAGAUACUUUAACAGCUUGAGUGAGCCUGAUAAGACUUGUAAAACAUAUGGUGCUCUCCUACAUUGUUAUGUCAGACAGCACCAAACUGAGCGGGCAUUGACACAUCUUAAGAACAUGAGAGAGAAAGGUAUUGCUUUGUCUUCUGUGACUUACAAUGACAUUAUGUGCAUGUACUCCAGUAUCGGACAGAAUGACAAGGUCCCGGAAGUCUUUAACCAGAUGAAAGAAAAUAAUGUUCAGCCAGAUAAUUUGAGCUAUCGCAUCUGCAUUAAUUCGUUGGGAGUCAGAUCUGACAUCGAGGGAUUGGAAAAGAUUCUGACUGAAAUGGAAACCGAUGCCCAUAUUGUUAUGGACUGGAACACAUACACAGUCGUGGCAAAAUUUUAUAUUAAGGCUGGCCUCAAAUCUAAGGCGAACAUUGUACUUAAAAAGGCUGAGGGAAGACUAGAUAAUAAAGAUGGACUAGGAUAUAACCAUCUUAUCUCGCUCCAUGCACAACUGGGAAACAGAGAUGAUGUUUUUAGAUUAUGGUGUCUUGAACAGAAAUCCAGUAAGAAAUGCCUUAACCGGGAUUACAAAAAUAUGGUGGAGUCUUUGGUGAGGCUUGAUGCGCUUGAAGUAGCAGAGAAAGUGCUUAAGGACUGGGAGUCAUCUGGCAACUGUUAUGACUUCCGGGUGCCAAGUGUGCUCAUUGUUGGACAUAUGGAGAAGGGUUUCUGUAAAAAAGCUGAAGCAUUACUUGAGCACUUGAUGGAAAUGGGCAAGGCAACAACACCAAAUAUUUGGGCCAGGUUGGCAACAGGAUACUUUGAGAAGGGUGAGAUGGGAAACGCCUUCGAGUCCCUAAAGGUAGCCCUUUCUUUACAUGAUUCGAGCAAAGAGAUCAAGCUUGACGAUAAGGUAAUUGCAGAGUUAUUAAGGGUGGUCUGUAAAAAAGGCAGCCGUGAAGAUUGUGAAAAAGUUUUUAGUAUUUUGAGACCAGUCGUACCAUUGCAGAGACGGACGGACUACUCAUUGCUGAAAGACUAUGUUGCCAGUGGUAGGGAAAUGGACAGACUAGGCCCGUCAAUGGAGACAUCCAUUUCAUCAGCUUGAUUUUUGGUUGCAAGGAGGAAGAUGUAUGUACAUCAGACGUGUUCAGGAUAAAGGAGCCAAGAUUAGCUGGCUGAUGUGAUCUCUCUCAAGCAUGAAUAUGGAUCUUAAUAACAAAAUUCUUGUUGCUAAGGGACUCAUAUCAAGAUAUACCAGGACAUUAACCAAAGUAGCAAUGGAAAUUUUCGGUGAGUAUAUGUACAGUCCUUCGGGAUUCAUCUGAUAGUUGCAUAUUUGCUCUGUGUUCCAAUCACAUGCAGUAGUAAAUCCAUAUCCUUGUCAUC